ACACACACACACACACACACACACACACACACACACACACACACACACACACACACACACACACACACACACACCGGAGAACAACAACGUUACUCGAGUGUUUACGUUGGAAACGGGAGCGGAGGAAUUCACCUGUAAAAAGGUGAGUGUGUUUUACUGGUUUGUUUAUGUGUGUGUCAAAUCAAUUUCCUACCAUCUAUUUAUUCUAUUAUGCGUUUAAUUUUGGAGGAAGUAUUUAUAUAGUUUACUUACUAGCCGUAAGACUACAGUAAAAUACUGCCUUGAAAUGUUACUUUAGCUUUAUCAAUACAAAUGUAAUAAAGUAUUAUAAGUAUACAAAUGUCAACUAUGUAUGUUUGAAUUUAUGACUUUUAUUUGUGACAGAUAUAUGAUCUAUCUAUAUUACCUUACAGUAGACCUUUAUUAGGAGUUUUUAUAUGAAAUAUUAUACAAUAUAUGUGACGGAUACAUUUCUUAUUUUCCUUUCCUAAUACCAUUACUGUUUAUUCAUUGUCCUUUUUAUUUAUUUGUAAGUGUGUGUAUUUUGUUUCUCUUAAACAUUUUGGUACUUUUACUUAAAUGUAUUUUUGUUUUAUUACUUAAAGUGUUUUUAAAUACCGUUUUCUUGCAUAACGAUGUGUUUGCUUGGGUCAUAGCCAUAUCUUGAAUACUGUACAACUUAUAGUGAAAACAAAAGUGAGUAAAAUGUAUUUAUAAGUGACGUUUUCUAUAUUUCCCAGAGUUAUGGAGCGUUACGAGUCUCUGGGUCUGGUCGGAGAGGGAAGUUACGGCACCGUCCUGAAAUGUCGUCAUCGAGAAUCCGGACGCCUCGUCGCCAUUAAGAAGUUUGUGGACUCGGACGACGACAAGACGGUGAAGAAGAUUGCCCUGAGGGAGAUCAAGCUGCUGAGGCAACUGCGCCACGACAACCUGGUGAACCUCCUGGAGGUGUGGAAGCGCCGCCGCCGCUGGUACCUCGUGUUCGAGUUUGUGGAGCGAACGCUUCUGGACGAUCUGGAGCAGAACCCGACCGGAUUGGACCUGAACACGAGCCGGCAGAUCCUGUUCCAGAUCCUGAGAGCUGCUGCCUUCUGCCACCAGCAAAAUAUAAUCCACCGUGACAUCAAACCAGAGAACAUCCUCAUCUCUCAGUGUGGUGUGGUGAAGAUGUGCGACUUUGGUUUCGCCCGGACCAUGACAUCUCCUGCCGAGGGGGGGGUUUACACCGACUACGUAGCCACUCGCUGGUACAGAGCGCCUGAACUGCUGGUGGGAGAUACCAAGUAUGGCAAAGCGGUAGAUGUUUGGGCUUUCGGGUGCCUGUUGCUGGAGAUGUUAACGGGUCAGCCUCUGUUCCCCGGAGACUCCGACCUGGACCAGAUUUACCACAUAGUCCGGUGCUUCGGUAACCUGACAGCUCAUCACCAGGAGUUGUUCUACAGGAAUCCCGGCUUUUCUGGAGUCAGACUUCCAGAACAUUCUGGCCGAGUCCCAUUGGAUCAGCGCUUUCCUACAAUCCCACCCACCGCCCUGGACCUGGCUCAGAGUUGUCUCCACAUGGAUCCAGAAAGACGCGCCCAGUGUUCAGAACUGCUCGAACAUCCUCUGUUCACUCAGGACUCUUUCCACAUCCGAUUUUUGGACGAGUUGAAUGCAAAAAUCCAGAAAGACCACAGAGAAAACUCUACCUUUCCCAAAAUAACCAAAACCCCAAGACGAGAAAGGAACGAAGGGGAUGACAGGAACCGGAGAAGCAAAGAGAAGAAACAAACUGAAGAUCUGGACGAGAGAGGCAACAAGGAAAAGGAGAGGAAGGAGGAAGAGAAGAUGGAGAAAACUAAAGGAAAGCAACCUUCAAAGCUUUCUAAAACUAUUCGAAACCCCUCAGAGCCUCUAAUAUCAACCAAACAAUCCAAAACUUUAGGCGCAAAGAUUGAUAAUGUCGCAAAAACAAAUGUUAAGCUGCUAGAAGACAACCGCUAA